ACCGGCUGCCUAAACGACGAAUCGUUGCGCAGGAGGCGGGAUUUCUAGGAAUACGGGUGGACAAGAAAAAAACAACGCGUUGACGUUGAGUCACCCCUGAAAUAACAGACUGACAACAAACUGAAAUGACGCCGGAUAUAUCCGAAUGAUUAAAUGCGUUAUCACAGUUACUAUAUCAGGUUAAACGUCGGAGAUCUCGUGUUGCCAAAAUGAUGGAAGAAAUCGACAGAUUUCAGGUCCCACCAGUGAACUCGGAGAUGCAGCCGUUGGAUCCGUCUGAGACGUCCACGUUAGAGGCUGACUCAGAAUCAAGAGGGCCCGAAUCCGUGCCCAUCAACUACAAGCCUUCUCCACUUCAAGUAAAGAUCGAGAAACAGAGAGAGUUGGCCAGAAAGGGCUCGGCGAAGAACGGAACGGCAGGUAGCCCGGUCAAUCAGCAGCCCAAGAAAAAUGUUAUGGCCAGAACACGGUUGGUCGUUCCUAAUAAAGGUUACUCAUCUUUAGACCAGAGUCCUGACGAGAAGCCCUUGGUAGCACUGGAUACAGACAGCGAUGACGAUUUCGACAUGUCCAGAUACUCGUCGUCAGGAUACUCCUCUGCCGAGGUGAGAUCCGUGAGGGAACAGCAAAUCAACCAAGAUCUAAACAUCCAGCUCCUGAAAGACGGCUACCGCCUGGACGAAAUCCCAGAUGACGAAGAUCUCGAUCUGAUUCCUCCUAAAUCAGUCAACCCUACGUGCAUGUGCUGCCAAGCGACCUCCUCUUCAGCCUGUCAGAUCCAGUAGCCCUGUAUUCACUUACCCCACAGCCCCUUUUACCCAGAACCCCCUCGACUUUUAACCCUCGAGUCACUACUAAAAAAAUUAAUAAAUAAAGCCGUUAUCCUACAACUAAUAUAGGAAAAAAAAAUGUCAGAAGGAAAGGCAGAAAUAAUAAUGAGUCAUUGGUUCCUCCUAUGGUAGGAUAUGGUGUCGGUAUCACCGCCUGAGGGAGUUAGAUUUAGUUAGGGAAGUGUAUUGUAUGUUGUGUAUAGGAUGCAGUGAUAAAAAUUAAUGCGUAUUUUAAAGGGAGAAAGUAGUAAGACGUUUAUUUGUAGGAACAUUUCACACAAAGGUAUUCUGUAAAAUAUUUAAAAAAAAAAAAAAAGAUUCCGUUACAGUUUAUUGUUUGUUUUUGGAUGUCUUGAUGCACAAUGAUUUUCAGAUAUUGGGAUGUGAGGAAGAAUUUUUUAUUAUUAUUAUUAUUAUUAUUUUUUAAUUAGGUUUUAGACAAACUUUAAUAGGAAGACCUGCACCACUUUUUAUUCCAGCAGUAAUCUAAUCAGCCAGUCCUGUAGCAGCAGGGCGAUGCAGAUACAGGCCAAAAGCUUUACAUUACGUCAAACAUCAGAAGGAGGAACUGUGAUCUCAGUAAAAUCGACCGUGUCAUUGUUUUUGUUAGUGCCAGUCUAGCAAAUACUCAAACCAGAUUAUCGGUCAGCACCAACUCACUGAGAUUGGUGCACAUUAUUUCUGUUCUAUAUGUACGUAUAAAAAUGAACUAAAGCUCUUGGCCUGCAUUUGUACGACUUCCUGUAUUCCACCGUUCCGCUCGACGGACAGAUCGAAACAUCGCAUGAAUGAACGAGUGUACAGGUGUUCCUAUUAACGUGGCAGUUGACGUGGUACGAUAAAACAAUAUCAAAAGCUUUCACGAGGUCCAAAUUGACGCAAAUGACGGAGGGAAACCGAAAUGUACGCAAUUAGGUCAUUUUUUUCACUCCUUCGACAAUUUUUUUACGUUUAAUGUAUUAUUAUUUUUAAUUUUUUAAAUUUCUUUUAGCUGCUGCUCAUCUUGUUAAUUACAUGAGCUCCUGUUUACCGAGUAUGAAGGUAUUGAUGGGAAAUUAAGGGAAAUGAGAACUGACUUCUUAUGACUUACAAUGUGCUGUAAUAUCGGAAUUAGAUGGCAUUUCUUACUACUGAAAAGCCUACAACUAAGGUUGAGUCUGGGUUUAUUGCACAAAUACAUAUCAUGUCAUGCGAAACAAAAAAAAAUGAUCACAGUUAUCACAAAUUUAUGAUAAAAGGUGACACUGUUACAGCUAGACACAGUAUUCAGGGGUGCCAAUAUUUAUGGAUAUAACUAUAAAAUAUAUGAUUUUUGACUUCUUUUUUACAGUAAAGCCGAAGAUAUCUGAAAACUUUAAAAUGACAUAUGUUUUGGAUAAAGAUAAAAAAAAGUUCCUUCACCAAAAGGGAAAGGACGUGGGCCGUAAAACUGUAGCAUUUGUUUUGUGUCAAGAGUUGAGAGAAAAAAAAAACGGAUGGGAUUUUUCCUUUUUUACUAGGUUGUUUUGUUAGAAAUAUUGGCACCCCUACAGAAAGCAUUUACGGCUCCUUCCCGUAUGACAGGAUUCCGUUUGACAUUUCUUCU